UGCAUACUAACACAUAAUUUGUCCUCAUUUACAGUACCAUUCCGUAGAUAAAUAUGUAGCGCCUCGCAACUGGCACAAGAAUCCACUUCUUUCCCUCGCAACUUACGUACAACACAUUCGUGUCAACCUGCAUGUAAUUUUCUUGAAUAGUAUAAAUAACCUCGUUUCCUCACUUUCAAUUCACAUCGAUCACCACCAACUUAAAACAGUUUCAAACACUUAUAUCCAGCCAUGUCGAUCAAGAAUUUCGUGUUCUUGCUGAUACUGCUCUUCCUUUCUCAUUCCUCUCUCGGUUAUGAACGCAGAUAUGGAGAUUUUACAGAGAGGGGGCCCGGAGAAGAUCCGAAGUCACCGUGGAAGGAGAUUCAGCGCUGCCAGAAAAGCUGCGAAAGAGAAGAAACCGACCGGAGAGGUCUGCAGAUAUGCCGGCAACGCUGCGAAGAGGAAGCGGUCAAACGGAGGAGUGAGGAGCAAGAACAAGGCCAAGAAAAACAGGCGCGAGAGAAGCUAGAAAAAGAGAAGAGAGAUGAUCCUCGCCGUCAAUAUGAGCGGUGCCGUCAACUUUGCGAUCAGAAACAAGAACAAAGACAGAAACAGCAAUGUCAGAGUAGCUGUGAGAGGAAAUAUAAAGAACAGAAGGAAGAAUGGGAAAGAGAACAUGGAAGAAGAGGAAAUUCAGAAACUGAGACGAAAACCAGAGAGAUUGAGAGACAACAGAGGGAUAAUCCAUAUUACUUCCAUUCACAGAGACUACAGUCUCGGUUCAGAACUGAAGAAGGUCAUAUUAGGGUUCUUGAACAGUUCACUAAAAGCUCUGAACUUCUUCGUGGGAUCGAAAAUUAUCGUCUCUCGUUAAUGGAAGCUAGCCCUAAUACUUUUGUUGUUCCACACCAUUGUGAUGCAGAAUCUCUUGUUGUUGUCUUAAAUGGUAAAGGGACUAUUAGCUAUGUGUUGAGAGACAAGAGAGAAACCUACAACUUGGAGACAGGGGACGUUGUCAAGAUUCCUGCAGGAGCCACUGUGUACAUGAUUAACCAUGACAAUAAUGAAAAACUUAGCCUGGCUAAGCUUUUUGUGCCUGUCAAUGUUCCUGGAAGAUUCAUGGAAUACUUUGCUGCAGGAGGUGAAAAUCCUGAGUCAUUUUAUACAGUCUUCAGCAAUGAUGUUCUUGAGGCAGCUCUUGAUACUCCAAGAGAUGAGCUAAACAAGCUGUUCGGACAGCAAACACAAGGUGUGAUCCUAAAAGCUUCUCAAAAGCAGCUUAAAGCCUUAACAGGCCGCGUUUCAUCAUCAUCAUCAUCACGGCAGAAAAGCCAAGGUCCGUUUAAUCUUCUCAAUCAACGGCCAUUAUACUCCAAUAGAUAUGGAAACUUAAUGGAAGCUUCACCAAAUGAUUACAAGCAGCUUCAGGACAUUGAUGUCUCUGUCUCAUUUGCUGAAAUCAACAAAGGAUCGUUAAUGGUACCGCACUACAAUUCGAGGGCGACGAUGAUUGUUUUAGUAGUUGAAGGCAGUGGACGCAUGGAAAUGGCUUGUCCACAUCUAGCAAGCCAAAGGCAGGAACAAGAACAAGAACAAGACAGAACUACUGCUAGAAAACAAUAUCAGAAGAUCAGCUCCGAUUUAUCGACCGGAGACGUGUUUAUAGUACCGGCAGGUCAUCCUAUAGCAAUUCUGGCUUCGCAAAAUGAGAAUCUGCAAACACUGGCAUUCGGAAUCAAUGCCUGGAGCAACGAGAGAAAUUUCCUUGCUGGACAAAAAGAUAAUAUUAUGAAGCAGAUUGAGAGAGAGGCGAACGAGCUGUCGUUUAAUGCGCCGGCCGAACUGAUAGAGAAGAUAUUCAGGAACCAGAAGGAAUCACAUUUUGUUCCUCAACAGAGUCAGAGGCAACAGAGAGGAGAGGAGAGGACUUUUCCAUCAAUUUUGGAGUUUGAUGGUUUCUUUUAGGGAAAGAUGAGGUUAUGUGUUAUGUGUGUAAAAUAUAGGGACUUUGCUGUGUUGAAAUUAUGUAAAUUAUCUAUGGAGUGGAUGAGUAAUGUGUAUAUUUUGUAGCUGUGGAAAUUAAGAAGAUUAAUUUUCACACUUAAUAAUAAAUAAGAGAUGUUUCUGCUCCAAUCUU